GUGAUUCUGUUGAUCAAGUCGGGUCGUCAAAGGUGAUCAGCAUAGAGGAUCCAUUCUAUACUUGCCCGGAUGGCAAGGUGCUGAAAUGCAAAGUCAUUGCGUUCCAAUGGUAUUGCGAUUGCGUGCGUGAAAAAGGUGUUGGCCCCACUGAUCAAGCCAUGUCUGCGACGACGAGCUCGCCGAGGAAGGCCGGUGAGCAGAUGCUGUCGCGAAAGAACUCCGGCGACAAAGGUGGUCCUACCGAUCAAGUCCAAGUGACAAAGGUGCUCAACGAUCUAGGGGAGCCGUGGUGGCCGUGUCCGGACGGCACAGUACAGAAAUGUGAACUCGUUGCAUUCAAAAUAUACUGCAAGUGCGUGCCUAAAGACGGUGCAGGUCUCGCCGAUCGAUCCAUGUCGGCGCGGGCGCACUCGGCGAGGAAGAAGGACGGCGCACGGUAACUAGCUAGCGCGUACGCCCACGCUAGCAAUAUAUUCCCUGCGUCUUAAAUUACUUGUCUUACAUUCGUUCAGAUAUGUUGAGACGAAGGUAAUAUACGUAAAGCAAUAUUAAUAAGGUCUGGUUGCAUGGACACCUUUCCCGUUUUGUUAUACUACUAGUCGUAAGCAUGUGCGUUUAUAUACGCCCCACGUGAUAUGGCAAAUCAGGGCUAGCACGCACGCUCCGUAGAUCAUCUCAUCAGGCUGUAUUUUUUGAAGUGUCGCUAGCUCCUGUA